AUUGACAAGGCCUGUGGCCCUUGUAUGUUUCUCUGGGGUCGUGGCGCUAGUGGCCUGUGUGGAGUGCGUCCAACCUUGUCGGACGAGGAUCAAUAAAAAUCAAUGUCGAAAUAGCGCACUCGAAUACAGAGCCCAAGAGCCCUGAAACUGAAAGAACAUAAUGGAAGCCGAAUUAUCAACUGGUGUUUUAUUGAAGGUCAGGUGUGAGACGGACAGUGAAGAUCACGGUGAUCGUCACUUGUUGACAACAGGUCGGAAGAUGUUUCAGCGUGUCUUGCCCCUCGCCGUCCUUCGUUCACGAGGACAUGAGCAACAAAGUUUGUGGUGAGAAUCCACGGAUUCCACUCUGUACAUUCACAUUCCGUGGCGCAUCCUUCGCCAUGACAAAAACGCAAUUCUGUGAUCUGCGCUUGGUUACAACCUCUGCUCUUGAAAGAUAGAAAUCUAAGAGCAGAAGAGUGAGAGCAAGAUGCAGGUGAUUAGUGCAGUCUGCAAAUCUGUGACAGUGGCACCUGAGAAGAUUGCUGUAACGACAGGCGAUGAGUUUUUCAGCUUCGCCGAGCUGCUGCGUUCUGCCCAGUCUGUUUCCCACCUCCUCGAGGACAAGUACAAACACCAUGAUCACUCGGCCGCAGAAGAAGUUCGGAGUGACCUCAUCGGUGCACGCAUCGGCAUCAUCGCGAGGCCAUGCGCAGAGUUCGUCGCUGCGGUGUGGGGCUCUUGGCUCAAUGGAUAUGUCGUAGUCCCUCUGGCCCUCAAUUUCCCUGAAGCUGAGCUUCUGCAUGUCAUUACUGAUGCACAGAUUUCAGCGAUUCUCACGACGCCGGAUAGUGUGGGAGCCGUGGCAAAUCUGGUGGGAAAUAGUUCUGCUGAACUGUAUCUCCUUCCACCAGUCGAAAGUGCUCGAGGGCGGGAUGAAUUUGAGUCACCAAAUGUCGGGGUCGAUGAGCUUGUGGCGGACGUGCGGAGCCGAAUUUCAGCUGUGGCGGACGACGCGGCGGCUCUCAUAAUCUACACGAGUGGCACCACCGGAAGACCCAAGGGUGUGGUACACACUCAUGCAGGCUUAGGAGCGCAGGUGCGAAUGAUUUCGGAGGCGUGGGAUUGCACGGCGGAAGAUCGGUUUCUGCACUGCCUGCCUUUACACCAUGUGCACGGGCUGAUCAAUGCGCUUCUCACGCCUCUCUAUGUCGGAGCGACGAUCGAUCUCAUGCCCAAGUUCAGCACGAGCGGAGUCUGGCAACGCUGGCGCCAUUGCUAUCCGAUCGAUGGGCCGUCCGCGGAAUCGCCCAUCACUCUUUUCACUGGAGUGCCGACCAUGUACGUCCGGCUUCUGCAAGGCUACGCAGCGAUGGAUGCCGAAGCACGCAAGGCCUCGGCGCAUGCGGCGAAACAACUUCGCGUCAUGUUGUGCGCAUCGUCGGCUCUUCCCGAGCCUGUCAUGGACGAGUGGGAGUCUCUGACAGGGCAUCGGUUGGUGGAACGAUACGGAAUGACGGAAUUCGGAAUGGGCCUUUCCAAUCCCUUGCACGGCGAGAAGAAGCCUGGAUUUGUCGGAAUGCCAUUGCCAGGAAUCGAGAUAAGAAUCGACGAUUCGGAGUCGGAUGUGAGAGGCGUCGGCGAGCUUUUGUUCAAGAGUCCAUCGAUGUUCAGGGAGUACUGGAGGCAGCCUCAGGUGACGCAUGACUCUUUCACUGAGGACGGAUUCUUCAAGACGGGCGACACGGUGACAAUGAAGGACGGCUACAUCAAAAUUCUUGGCAGAUCCAGUAUCGAUAUUCUCAUGGUGGGUGGGUUCAAGCUAUCUGCCUUGGAGAUCGAGGCUGUUUUACUCGAUCAUCCAGCCAUAGCAGAGUGCGCUGUUUUCGGCCUACCUGACGAAGAGUACGGAGAAAUUGUUUGUGCAGUUGUAGUUCCACCAGCAGCAGACGUGACAGAUUCUGCUGUCGACCCAAAACCUCGUCUCUCUUUGAAAUUGCUGCAGACUUGGGCUCUAGAACGAAUUGCAGCUUACAAGGUUCCGAAGAAGUUGGUCAUAUGGGAAAGAAUGCCUCGGAACGCCAUGGGCAAGGUUAACAAGAAGGAGAUAAGGAAAUCUGUGCUCGGAUCGCCUCCUUAGGUCUACAAUUUCCUAUGCACUUGGACUUUAGCAUCUACCACUUUUGUACAUUGCUCGAACUCGUUCAGUCUACAAUCUCUGUAAAUGUGAGUGCACAAUUAGAUUCCCUACAACAGAGAACAGGAGAACUCUCUCAGACAAACAUUUGGUUGGCUUCUUAUCGAAACCCUUCGCAGAAGCACAGCGCUGCUCCUUCUUGGGCUUUUUUCGGAUGGACUUGUAACGCUAAGGUGGUAAACUCCUCGAGCGACGAAGGGAGGAUGGAUUUCAUGUAUUUCUCAAUGGGCAAGGAUUGGUAACGGACGAGGACAUGAUGAGGGUUCCAUGGAAUUGUAAAAUCCUCAUCGGGAGGCUGCAAGGUGCGGGAAGACAUUUUUGCUAUGCACUGCUUGUGGUUAGAAUCGCGUGCGCUUCUUCUCAUAUGAAUCACCACUUCCCGAAGAUCGGACCGGCGCUGUUUGUAAGAUCGAGUAAGGAGCGUGCUUCUGCCAAAACAUGUUUCAGAGCGGACUUUCGCCAUGCCUUGUACUCAAAUCUUAUGUUGGAAACUUUAGCAGCAAGCCGAGACUUUAAUUUGGCCUUUAUCUGUUGAUCUGCAGGUUACACUAUCUCAAUCUGCUUAAGAACCCGAAACACGAUGAAACAAAUGUCUCAGCUGGAGUCUUUGCAACUUUUGUGCCGAAGUGAGGCAGAGUUUUCUCACAAUAGGAGGGAUUUAGGAAUCUAGCCCGACUGACUAAUGUCUGAUCUGGAACAACUAUUCAGUGGGUCUGAAUAGUCCUAAACCCUAAAUCCUAAGUCCUAAGGUCAAGCUUACCGUAGUCCUGGGGAAGACAAUGGAAAACCUGUAGGUUUACUUUCGAAGGAGACGUUUUCAGAGGAGGGGUAUUGCGGCAUUGAAAGAAGGCUUGGAAUUUUCUGGUAUCAGCCAAUUUCAAAGUGCAGGGAGUGGAGCCUCUUCCUUCGAGAAAUCAAACCACUUCUCAAAGGACGCCUUAUGCUGCCGCAUGGACGAUCUUCUCGAUCGUCAGCGCCAAUGUACAACCUUGUCAACUGCCAAGUCGACUACAAUUUGACAUAACACUGACAGAUUCCAGAUCGUAUAUUCGGAUAAAUGUACAUACAAAUCGAGUAUCUGCUGUGACGGGAUUGAAAGGUGGCCAGCAAAACGUGAGAACUGAAUUGAUUGAUGCAUAAAUGAACAUGACGUGGUUGUUGAAGUGAAGGUCUUGUGGCUGACCAUUUGUCUUCUCAUAGUGCACGAGCAGUUGUGCAGCUCUCGGUGCAUGAACGAUACACGAGUUUGCUUACUGCAAUAUUUUAGUCUGAUAGAUUUCUGAAUUUUAAUAUUUCUGUGAAUUUUUACCUCG